UCUUCUUCUUCUUCUUCUUCUAAAGAUGACAACUUUCUCUCUUUCGUUUCUCUCAUCCCUGGUUUCAUCUCCUCUUCAUCAAGACAUAAUCAAACAGAAGAAGAAAAGACCCUCCAAUCUCGCCCUAACUAAACCGGGAACUGAACUUCCAUCGCCGGCGACGGUGAUAUGUUCUUACUCAUCUUCAACUUCGGCGGCACCUUCUUCCCCCUCGUCUGAUCAUCAAAGGAAAAGACACUGGAAAGCCGGUGAAUACAAUCCUAGACCAAAAACCUCAGAAAAGAAGUUCAUUCCAAAAAGAACGGACACCCACCAAAUCAGACGUCAGUCCGGUGCCGCCGUUCGUAAAACCCCAAUUAACAACAUCAAUAAGAAGAAGAAUCUGGAAGUCAAGCACUACCCCAAAGCCGGAGCUUGUACCGUCACCGAUUCUCUCUCCGAUCGAAUAAAAAAAAAGCAAUGGAUUGAAGCCCUUCAGGUCUUUGAAAUGCUGAAAGAACAACCAUUUUAUCAUCCCAAAGAUAUAACCUACAUGAAACUAAUUGUCAUGCUUGGAAGAUGUGGACAACCAAAACUUGCACACCAACUGUUCGAUGAAAUGAUUGAACAAGGAUUAGACCCUACUUGCAGACGUUAUACUGCAAUUCUUGCUGCUUACUGUAAAUCUCAUCUUCUCGAUGAGGCUUUUUCAGUUCUUGAAUUGAUGAAAGCUCAUCCCAUUUGUCAGCCUGAUGUCUACACCUACAAUGUUUUGAUCAAAGCUUGUGUCGAAACUGAUCGGUUUGAGGAUGUUAAAUCGUUAUACAAUCAAAUGGAAGAACGCUCUAUCGUACCCAAUAUCAUUACCCAGAAUAUAGUUCUUAAAGGGUAUGCUAAAUCUGAAAAAUUCGAUCAGAUGGAGAAACUUCUUUCGGAGAUGGAGAAACCUAAUGUUCAGACGAUGAACACGAUUAUUAGCUUGUAUGGAAACAAAGGACAGAUUGAAAUGAUGGAGAAAUGGUAUGAAAAGUUCCUUAACAUGGGAAUCAAUCCUGAAUCGCGAACAUUCAACAUCCUAAUUGGGGCUUAUGUUAGGAAACGACAGUAUGAUAAGAUGUCAACUGUAAUGGAAAACAUGAGGAAGCUCUCGAUCUCAUGGACAACUUCGACUUACAACAGUGUGAUCGAAGCAUUUGGAGACGCUGGAGAUGCAGAUAAUAUGGAGUACACUUUUGAUCAGAUGCAAGAGGAAAGGAUGAGGACGGAUACCAAGACUUUCUGCUGUUUAAUUAAGGGUUACGCGAAUGCAGGCAUGUUUCAUAAGGUGGUUAAAACCGUACAAUUGGCGGGUAGAUCAGGCGUACCGGAGAAUACCUCGUUUUGUAAUGCGGUUAUAUUCUCGUGCAUGAAAGCGGGAGAUGUUAUGGAGAUGGAAAAAGUGUUUAUGAGAAUGAAGGAGAAGGGGUGCAGACCUGAUUCUUUGACAUAUUCGAUGAUGAUUGAUGCUUAUAGAAAGGCGGAUAUGAAUGAUAAGGUUUUUGAUCUCGAGGAAGAGAAACGGGCCUCCAGCGUUGUUGAUCUUAUAGAUGAUGAAGAUGACGACGAAGUGGAGAAUGUUGAUGAUGAGAAAUGGGAAUCGUAAAGGAAUUGUAUGUUUUUGACUAAGAGAGGAUAGGAUAAUUUGAGGGAAUUUAUUUCUAAGUUGUAUCCUUUUAAUAUAUUCUUGGAUUUUCUUAAGCAUCAUUACUAGUUUCAAUCUUUGUAGUUAUCGAAUAUAAUGAAGAACUAACAC